GCAUGUCUGUGUAUGAGGGUAGGACCAAAGCUGGCCCAAUCGUCACCCGCAUCAAUGACACCAUAAAGUCAUGCAGCUCCUGCGUGGUCUCGAGGCGCAUAAACGAGAAAGGUACCCCAGCCCUGAACAACGCUCUUGCCCACAAGCAUUUGACGAUCAUGGGGCACGGCGACGCCCGGAGGAGGAUGGCGAGAAGGAGGAGGAGGAGGAGGAGGAGGAGGAGGAGGAGGAGGGCGAGAAGGAGGAGGAGGAGGAGGAGGAUGGUGAGAAGGAGGAUGAGGAGGAUGGCGAGAAGGAGGAUGAGGAGGAUGGCGAGAAGGAGGAGGAGGAGGAGGAGGAGGAGGAGGAGGACGACGACGACGACGACGACGAACAAGAGGCAAACGAGGACGAGGAGGAGAGGGAGGAAAGAGGAGGAGGAGGAGGAGAAGGAGAGGAUGGCGAGAAGGAGGAGGAGGAGGAGGAGGAUGGCGAGAAGGAGGAGGAGGAGGAGGAGGACGACGACGACGACGAACAAGAGGCAGACGAGGACGAGGAGGAGAGGGAGGAGGAGUAAGAGAGUAGGAGGGAGGAGGUGGAGAGGUCACAAGUUUUUUUUUUUUAAUUAAUCAAUCAAUCAAUCAAUC